CCACAGGACCCGUUCCCCCCGCCCCACCUCAGCCUGUCCGGCCGGUGUGGAGGAACCUAUCCCUAGGUCCUAGACUAUCCGACGGACGCCCAUGUCCAUCCUCCUCCCGCCCGCCACCGGUCUCCGAGCCUCGUGCACCCUGGACUUGGCUACAUGACUCGUGUGCACUUUGGUGUUGACCCCGAAUGUGGAAAGAUGUCUGCCGCCUCUUAUCGCAUCUCCCAGUUCAAUCGUGUUCUCACUAAACUGUGUUUAUUGGAAGACUAAAAUGAAUACAGUUUAAAAAAUACAUUACUGUUGUGGUGAUGGUGACAGUGAUACGUAACAGGUGACAUGAAUUCAAGGAAAUAAAAAAAAUAGCAUCGAAUCGUCGUGGUUUACUCGUUAACUAAUAAUUUUAUAAUGCAGGCUAAUGAGAAAACCAGUGUGAUAUAUUUUCUCUGAAGUGAUCUUUCGUUUUCGAAAGAAUAUCAAUACGAAAUCAAAGGAGGAAAUGCGACUGACACUGAAAUAAUUAUUUGCGUGCAAAAAUUAACUAUCCUAGGCUUUAACCGUACGUGCAAAAAGUAGUUUUCUGUACAAACGAACAAUGGAAGACGCCAGUGUAGUUUCUCCUGAAUGGACACAAGUACAAGUGGAAGAACACAACAGCCACGUGAGAAUCAGUAGGGAAGAGGGAUACAAAUCUCUCAGACUUUCCCGCCAGGGCAGAAAUGGCGGGAAACGCCUCCUCCUCCCCCUCUUCCUUUCUCUCUCGGCUCUGGGAUUCGCCAGCUUCGUCCUUGUGAAAUUAUACGUUCGCGGAGAUGGCAACGAUGAUGGCAGUCACGCGCCUGUAAAACACAGAGACAAAAGACAGGCAGGAACGUGCCAGGUGGACAUGUGCUUGACGCAGGAGUGCAUUCACGUAGCUUCCAGUAUACUUAGUUCUAUGGAUGCCUCCGCUGACCCCUGCGACGACUUUUUCCAGUAUACCUGUGGCACGUGGAUCAAAGAGAACAAGCACAAAGCGGGAGAAGAAGAAUUGUUUUACGCCAUCAAUCACAACACACUGCCAGAAAAGACUGAUCUCGUACUCAGCGAUCUCUUGAAGCAAAGCAUGGCUCAGUCCGAGGGCGCCAAGGAUCCGAAGCCUUACAGGAACAUGUUCGUCUUCUACGGAUCCUGCCUGCAAGUCGGGGAGAUGCAGGAUGAGGAUUUCACUGAGGCAAUGGCCUUCCUGAAAGACCUGAAGGAGUUCCACAUCGGGCGGCACUUUGACCCCAACACCUGGGACCUGACGAAGGCCGUCCUGGAGCUGAUGAAACUGAAUGGCGUGCCCUUGGUCGACAUCCUGGUUCAAAUCGACGUCCAGAAGCCCACCCUAUAUGCUGUCGACAUCUCGCCGCCCAGGCGCUAUGGACUCAUACCUUCGCUCGUUGGUCCUCGAAUCCGCACUCCCGGGAUAAAGGAGUACCUGAGACUCAAGGGGCGCCGCGCUCUCUUCGGCGACCUCAGCAACGACCCAGUUAUGCGAGAGGUCGUCGCAGCCUUACAGCAGAGUAUACCCGUUCGAACGAACCCUUCCAAAGGUGUCCCUCGAGGACGUGGGUCUCUAUCUGAGAACCUCGCCGGCCCCUUGAGUAGCCUGGUGGGAAAGCCAGCCUUCAAUGUCCUGCCCACGGACGACGUAUUGGAGAAAAACGUACCGGGAACGACGAUCCCUUCGACUAGCAAUCCUUCGGCGAAGCCGACUGCGUCCGAACCUACUACAACCGAGGAUUCAAAACCUACAAGUACCGUUUUCUAUGGAGAGUCGGCGAUUGAAGGCUUCGACGCGACUCUGACACCGUCAAGUAUAAGUAACUCUUCAUCAUCAUCUUCUGACGCCUCCUCUUCUUCGUCCAGUUCGCCUACAUCGUCUCCACAUCCAGUAACGUCUUCCCUUCCAUCGUUUUCAACAGAGGAAAUGGAUUUUGUUACGUCACUAGGACCGAUUCCGGAAGAAACGACUGAAAACCCUGAGUACGAAGAAACAGACGAGGAUUAUGGAGACAAGCCACGUAGGGUUCUGAGUCGAAAAACGAUCUUCAGGCUUUUCAAGAAAAGUCGGGACAAGAAACGCAACGAAGAGAUCGCCUCCAUGCUCCAAACAACCUUGAACAACAUAACUGAAACCGACUGGGAGUCUUACUUCGGCCAGUACCAGCGAGAGGACAUUUUCUCCGCCGUGGUCGACCACUUCGUCCCGCUCCUAGAUGAGAUCCAGCCGACGAAACAAGAGGACCUGCGGGUUCAACAACACGCCCUCACCUUCAACCGGUUCACUGUGGACGAACUACAAGAAAUGGCGCCCGUGAUAGAGUGGCGGUACCUGAUCUCCGAGCUGCUGGGGAAGAACAUAACGAACGAAGACAGAAUCUACGUCACUCAUCCCGCGUAUUUGGUGCAGCUGAAUCACCUCCUCUCCGCUCUGGAUUUGUGGGUCGUCCAUUACGGCAUAGUUGCUCUUUACGCUUACGACGUCUUGCGAGAGCUGAUCGUCUCUCCGUCGGAAAUGGAUAGAAGCGAUUUCUGUCUGCAGGCCACCAAGAACGUCUUUGGAGACGUAUUGUCGCACAUGUACCUCCAUCACGUAGGUCACAAGAGAAUUAGCGACAUUCGUAAACACUCCAUGACGAUCAUCGAAAACCUGAAAGAAGAAGCGAAGACCUCCGUCAACGAAGCCUCGUGGUUGUCUGAGGGGGACAGAGCAGAAGCCCUGAAGAAGAUAGACGGCUUGCAGGCGGAGGUGGGAGCCCUCGACAAGCACUGGGAUAUCAAUUACGUCAACGAGACGCACGAAGACGUGACGCUGAACUGGAAAGAUUCCUUCUUGCAGAACGUCAUGGUGAUCUAUCGAGUCUUCAGGGAAGAGGUAUAUUCUCUCUACCACGAGAACGUCGAUCGGGACAUGCUCAUCUGGAGUUUCGCUAUACAGCCGUUUAUCGUCAACGCUUUUCACAUGCCCUCGACAAAUACUAUAGUAUUCCCAGAGGCGUUCUUUCAGAAACCUUACUACAUACGGAAAGCUCCAGAAUACGUCAAUUACGGAUCGGCAGGCACGUCCAUAGCACACGAGAUCUUCCAUGGACUGGAUUUCUCCGGGACGUUGUUCGACCACAAGGGGGUUAUGAGCAAGCCCUUCAGCAACGAAACACGUCGUCACUUACAGAACACCGUCGACUGCUACCACAAACUUCUGUCCGAUUCUUUCUACGAAGAAAUUAAUUUCGGCGGGACGUUCGUCUCUAUGGAGAUCGACAGCUCCACCACCCUCAACGAAAACCUGGCGGAUAUCGAGGGCAUCAGACACGCCUUCCGAGCCUACAAGCGCUGGGAGGUCCAGAAUUACAGAGAGCCAAGAUUGCCGGCGGUCAACCUGAAUCCCGACCAGCUCUUCUUCGUGUCGGCUGUUCGGCCCUUCUGCGCUGUCAUACCAGACUUGGCCAAGAUCUUCCUCAUGGAAAUGGACGAACAUCUGCCCAAUGGAAUGAGAAUGAACGCGAUGUUGAUGAACACGCCCGAGUUCGCGCGCGUGUUCAACUGUCAACCAGGAUCGAGGAUGGUGGUGAAUGAAACGUGCCCGAUCUUCUGAUGAAUGAUUCGCCUUAGCCGUCGUCUUCUACGGGCUGCUCUAUGAGCAAGAGCCCAUGCUGGCAUAAGGCCAGCUUAACCUCCAACAACAACAGCCGUUGAAAUGUAGUACUAGUUAUAGAACCUCUGUUGCACAAAUGUCUCGGCUCUGUCCUGAUCUUAGGUUUUUCUCUGAAUUCCUUUGCUUUUCUCAACUCUAUCUGAUUCGUGUACAGUUUGUUGUUUUAAAUGUUAUAUUAUUAUGUCGUGGAUGUUUUCUUAUAUAUAAAAAAAAGACGGGCUGACAUAUCCUGUAAUAGCUAUAUAUAU